AGCUCAUGUGCUGAGGAAAUCCGAAGCUGGCCCGUGUGCUGUUCCAUGGGGUCUGGGAUCUGCUGUGUCUAGAGCGCUCCGCAGCCCCCACACGGAGAUCGGAGAUCGAGGAGCUUCUGUUCCCAGACGGGAGGAGUGGCCGGCCAUGACUUCAGUGACCUAUGAUGAUGUGCAUAUCGACUUCACUUGGGAGGAGUGGACUCUGUUGGAUCACUCCCAGAAGAAUCUCUACAAAGAUGUGAUGCAAGAGACAUACAGGAACCUCACUGCUAUAGGCUACAGUUGGGAAGACCAUAAUAUUGAAGAACAUUGUCAAUGUUCUGGAAGACAUGGAAGGUACAAAAAAUGUCAUAGAGGAGAGAAACCCUCCAAAUAUUCUCAUUGUGCAAAACCAUCUUCAUAUCACAGUCAUCUUCAGAAGAAUGAAAGUAUUCAUAAUGGAGAGAAACCCUAUAUUUGUAUUCAGUAUGGUGAAGGCUUUGCACACAACACUAGUCUCAGAAUAUGUAAAGGAAAACAUAUUGGAAAGAAAACCAAUGAAAGUAAUCAGUGCAAUAAUGCCUUCACCAGUGAUGGUCAUCUUCGAAUACAUAAAAGAACACAUACUGGAGAGAAACCAUAUAAAUGUAAUCAAUGUGGUGAAGUGAGUACAUGUCUCAUUAGUCUUCAAAGACAUGAAGGAACACAUAAUGGAGAGAAACCCUAUGAAUGUAAUAGAUGUUAUAAAGCCUUUGAAUAUGCCAAUAAUCUGCAAGUACAAGAGAGAACACAUAACAGAGAGAAGCCCUACAAGUGUGAUCAAUGUGAUAAAGACUUUUCAAUACAGAUUACACUUCAAAUACAUAAAAGAAUACAUGCUGGGGAGAAACCCUACAAAUGUAAUCAAUGUGGUAAAGCCUUUUUACUAGGUACUUUUCUCCAAAGGCAUGAAAGAACACAUACUGUAGAGAAACCCUACAAAUGUAAUCAAUGUGAUAAAGCAUUUUCACGUGUCUGCCAUCUCCAAAGACAUAAAAGAACACAUACUGGAGAGAAACCCUAUAAAUGUAAUCAAUGUGGUAAAGGUUUUUUACAAAACUUUAAUCUCCAAGUACAUAAAAGAACACAUUCUGGAGAAAAACCCUACAAAUGUAAUCAAUGUGAUAAAGCGUUUUCACGAGUCAGUCAUCUCCAAAUACAUAAAAGAACACAUACUGGAGAGAAACCCUACAAAUGCAAUCAAUGUGAUAAAGCGUUUUCACGAGUCAGUGUUCUCCAAAAACAUAAAAGAACACAUACUAGAGAGAAACCCUACAAAUGCAAUCAAUGUGAUAAAGCCUUUUUACAACACAAUAGUCUCCAAAUACAUGAAAGAACACAUUCUAGAGAG